UUUUUUUAGAUUUUUGGCUGUUCGAUCAGCCGAGAGCUUGAUUUCUUGGCGUUCCUUUAUUUGGUUUGAGUGGUGGAAGAGCAAUGGAUUGACCCUAGAGCAUUAUAUUGUUCUGAUGGGAUGCGGUAACUCUGAAAUGAAAGAUCCACGAGCUGCUGUGCCUGGCUAUAUUCCAUCUGAUGUUCCUUCCACAGCAUCCCAUCAGACGUGGGACAUGAGUGGCUCACAGGGAACACCAGAUUUGCCACGGAUCAAUAUGUUACCACUGCGUUCUGGUAGUUAUGGGUUGGAUGAUCAUGCUGGAGUGAGCAGUCAUGCUAUGACCAGGCUUGGUGGGUUGGCUGCUGGAGAUAGCAUUAGAGCAUUGGAAGGCCCAGUUUUAGCAAGAAGAGAUGUUCCAUUAAAUAUCAACCAUAGCAUCGUGGCCAAUGGUCUAUCGCCUGAGGAGUCCAACAUUCUUUUUGUUGAUGGUCUCCCUACUGAUUGCACAAGGAGAGAAGUAGGUCACUUGUUUCGCCCAUUUAUUGGGUUCAAGGAAAUUCGAGUUGUGCACAAGGAGCCUCGUCGGACCGGGGACAAGGCUAGAGUUCUGUGUUUUGUGGAGUUUGACAAUGCCAAAUGUGCUUUAACUGCACUAGAAGCUCUCCAAGGAUACAAGUUCGAUGAUAAGAAACCAGAUGCACCGGUCUUGAGAAUCCAACUAGUAAAGUUCCCCUUCCGCCCAGCUUCCGUUCAUGAUGCCCAGAGAUAGGGGGAGUCAUAUUGGAUCCACUCUUACAGUUCAAAGAUGUACAUCUUUCAAGAUGGUUAUCUAUUUCUGAUUGGAAUGACCUCUGUGUCGUGUCAUGUCAUGAUAUCCAGGUAGCUUCUGCACCAAAAUAGUCAUGCAGCCAAAUGAUCCUACUGGUGAUAUGGAUGAAUGUACCAACAACACUUGAUUACAAAAUGAUUCGCUAAUCUCUAUCUCACAUAUACAUCAGGAGCUGGUUGACACACUGCUCUCACCCAGUUUCCUUUUCUUGCUU